GAUAUCAUAGGAGUUCACUGCACUCACGGCGUGAACCGUACCGGAUACCUGAUUUGUAGGUUAGUAUGUCUCGUUUCGAAGCAAAGAAAUCACUCGACGUAUAUAAAACGUUGCGAUGAAAUCGACAGAAGCGAGACGCCGUACACGUGUACAUUCGUGUGUUUCGUUACAGGUAUCUGGUGCAGCAACUUGGUUGGAAGCUGGACGAUUGCUUGAAAGGUAGGCGAGUUCGUAAACGUGUUGGAGAAGGCGGGAAAUAGAAUCGUCGCGGCUUGCGUUCACGUGUGUCGUGUUGCCUUCGUGUGUUUCAGCGUUCGAGGCGGCCCGCGGCCACCCGAUCGAGCGGAGAAUCUAUCUGAACGUGUUGCAGAGAACGCCGCGCGAGAAAGUCGACACGAGCAAGAUGAGCUUGAGCUGGAGAAGGCCACCAGGUGCCGAGCAGGAGCCGCCAGCAGCCAGCCGAAAACGCGUACCGUUCAAACGCCCGUACCCUAGCCGCGAAUCCUGGCGAAGCGGUUUCACGAACGGCCCGUUCUCGCCGCUUCCGCCUCCGCUGCAUUUCGCUUUCGCCGGUCCGCCGCCUAUUGCGCCCUUUCGUCCGCCGCCUCCGCCUGGCAUGCUGCCGCCUCCGCCGCCUCCACCGCCGCCUCCGCCGCCGCCGCCAUCGCUGUUAGGCCAUCCGCCGCCCAUGUACAGGCCCAGGCUGUUCAGGUACGGACCAUCAGCGCGACCAGUCAUGCAUCCACCGCCACCUAGACCAGGAUUCCCUGUUCCAGGUUUCCCGCCACCGUGUUCGCCAAGAGCAGCGAGAUUGCCGCCGAGGUUACCGCCGCCAAAGAUACCUCCGCCACCACCCCCUCCGCCGCCCCCUAUCCUCCCGUUGCAGUCGUCCGCGCCGCCGCGGCUCAAACCCGUCGCGAUCCCCAAACAGUUGCAAUCGCAGAAACGAAAGUCGCACGUACGAAACGGCGUUACGACGAUGCCGGCUAGGCAGAGCAGCGGCAGGACGUUGCUGGAGUUGUCGUUGAAAGAGCAGGAUUUCACGGUCGAUACGUUCGAGGAGAACCUCGCCGUCGCCUCGAGCCAAUCGAGCGGCAGACGGUCGGCCAGAGGCAGAUUCCGUCAGUCCAAG